AGUGCAUUCAGAGGUUCCUAGUUCAUGGGGUGAUGUCCUUUAUUUAGUACGUAAUGACUGAAUGCCUUUACGGAAGAUUAAGUGUGCUUUCAGGCAGUACUUCCUCAUAAUGAUUUCCAAGUAGCUUUUCCUUUUCUGUCUUCCAUGGGUCAGGGUGAAGUAACCAUGCAGGCAUUUCUAAAAGGUGCAUCUAUCAGCACUAAACCACCACUCACCAAGGAUCGAGGAGUUGCUGCCACUGCAGGAAGCAGUGGAGAGAACAAGAAAGCCAAACCUGUUCCAUGGGUGGAAAAAUAUCGCCCAAAAUGUGUGGACGACGUUGCUUUCCAGGAAGAGGUGGUUGCAGUGCUGAAAAAGUCUUUAGAAGGAGCCCAGCUCCCUAAUCUCUUGUUUUACGGGCCACCUGGAACUGGAAAAACAUCAACUAUUUUGGCAGCAGCGAGGGAACUCUUUGGGCCUGAACUUUUUCGAUUGAGAGUUCUCGAAUUAAAUGCAUCUGAUGAACGUGGAAUCCAAGUAGUUCGGGAGAAAGUGAAGAAUUUUGCUCAGUUAACUGUGUCAGGAAGUCGCUCAGAUGGGAAGCCGUGUCCUCCUUUUAAGAUUGUGAUUCUGGAUGAAGCUGACUCCAUGACCUCGGCUGCUCAGGCCGCGUUAAGGCGCACCAUGGAGAAGGAGUCUAAGACCACCCGCUUCUGCCUCAUCUGUAACUACGUCAGUCGAAUAAUUGAACCCCUAACCUCUAGAUGUUCUAAAUUCCGCUUCAAACCUCUGUCAGAUAAAAGUCAGCAGCAGCGACUACUGGACAUUGCUGAGAAGGAAAAUGUCAACAUUAGCAACGAGGGAAUAGGUUAUCUUGUUAAAGUGUCAGAAGGAGACUUGAGAAAAGCCAUUACAUUCCUUCAAAGUGCUACUCGGUUAACUGGCGGAAAGGAGGUCACAGAGAGGGUGAUCAUGGACAUUGCUGGGGUAAUACCAGCUGAGACAAUUGAUGGAAUAUUCACUGUAUGUCAGAGUGGCUCCUUUGACAAACUAGAAGCUGUGGUCAAGGAUUUGAUAGAUGAGGGUCACGCAGCAACUCAGCUUGUAAAUCAAUUUCACGAUGUAGUCAUAGAGAAGGACCUCUCUGAUAAACAGAAGUCUGUUAUUACAGAAAAGCUUGCGGAGGUGGAGAAAUGCUUAGCAGAUGGUGCAGACGAGCAUCUGCAACUCAUCAGUCUCUGUGCGACCGUCAUGCAGCAGUUAACGCAGAAUUGUUAAACUGAAUAUGGUUUAAAUCCUUUGUAAAUAUGGGGUUAUGCCAAGAAUAAAAAAAUGACCAAAGCAA